AUGCUUGGGGCAAAGACUUGGAUCUGGACGACACUUGCGGCGUCGGCUGUCGCCGCUCAGGCUCCUUUGGACCUGGGAAGUGGUUUCAAGCUUACUGUUGACCAGUCCGCUAACCAUUUGACUGUUACCGGUCAUGGCCGGGCUAUAUGGGAGACUGUUCCCGGUAAAGCUUUCUUGAGCGCUAGCUCUGGACUGGAUGAAAUUGUCGAUUCAAGUGGAAACUUCAAGAUCACCGACGUUGAUGAGAACAAGUGCUCAUCUGAGCGGAUUACUCAAGUCACCAAGCAAACUCGCCAAGAGAGUGUCAAUGGUCACGCUGCAGUCGUGCAAGGUACUCUCUUUGGUUGUGGUAAUGGGACUGCCCAGUUCUCCCUGGCACUAUACGUCCCUACUCAGUUCCCGGACCGUGUUGAUUUCAGUAUUAAAAUCAAUCCUGACUCGUCUGCUACUUCGCUGAGCAAGUUGUUCUUCAGCUACCGUUCAUCCCCCUCUGAGGACUUCUACGGACUCGGUGGACAGGCAUCCUUCGCAUCUCUGAAGAACCAGUCUGUUCCUAUCUUCUCCCGUGAAGGUGGUGUGGGUCGUGGAGAUCAGCCUACUACCGACCUCGAGAGCACUGACAGCUUCUUCUCCGGCGGUGAUAAGCACACCACAUACUCUGCUAUUCCUCAGUACAUCUCUUCGGAUGCUCGUGUCUUCUAUCUCACCGAGCAAAGCACAGCUUAUGCCAACUUUGAUUUCACUGACGCAAGCGCUGUCACCGUGAGGUAUGCAGCGCUCGAUGUUGAGGGCUCAUUCAUGCAGGCCGGAAACAUGCUGGAUGGUAUCACGAUGCUCACAGAAUACACUGGCCGUAUGCCCGAGAUCCCCAAGUGGGCCGAUACCGGUGCCAUCCUUGGAAUCCAGGGUGGCCAGGCCAAGGUCAACCGCAUUGUGAACUGGGGACUGAACCAGUCAUGCCCAAUUGCUGGUGUUUGGCUCCAGGAUUGGUGUGGCACCCACACCCAAACCGCCUCUCAUAUGAAUGGCCUCAAUGUCUCUCGUCUCUGGUGGAACUGGGAGGCUGACUCCGAUCUUUACCCUACCUGGAACAACUUUGUCCAAGCUCUACGUGACCAGCACAAUGUUCGCACCUUGUCCUACAUCAACCCCUUCUUGGCCAACACUAGUACCAAGCCCGAUGGUGCUCGCCGCAAUCUGUACUUGGAAGCUACCGAGGGUGGCUACAUGAUCCAGAACUCUACCAUCAACGACACAGCCGUUAUUUCCAGCGGACCUGGUAUUGAGGCUGGAAUUGUCGACCUCACGAACCCCAAGGCCUGGUCCUGGUUCCAGGAUGUGCUCGUUGAGCAAGUGUGGAGUGCUAAUGUUUCCGGAUACAUGUGUGAUUUCGGUGAAUACACCCCCGUCACUUCCGACACUAAGUUUGCGAACAAGAGCAUCGACCCACGAUUCUACCACAACCAGUACCCCCGCGACUGGUCUGUUCUACACGACACGCUUCGCAAGACCGUUUCUGCUGUUUCUGAAUCCCUGAUAUUCCACCGCUCAUCCUCCAUGUCCUCCAACCGUAACAUGAACUUGUACUGGGUCGGCGACCAGGACACCAACUGGGGCGUCAACGAUGGAAUCAAGUCUGCUGUGACUGUUCUCGGACACAUGGGUCUGUCUGGUUACGCACAUGGCCACGUGGAGAUCGGCGGAUACACCACCACAUGGGACAGCAACGGAAUCGUCAACCGUUCCGCAGAACUUCUUGGCCGAUGGGGCGAGUUAUCCGCCGUCUCCAGCGUCGCCUUCCGAUCGCACGAGGGCAACCUUCCCCAGGUGAACGCUCAGUUCUACACCAAUGCCUCUACAUAUUCAUACUACGCGUACAACGCACGUAUGUUCGCCAGUCUGGCUACAUACCGUCGUGCGAUCCUGGAUACCGAGAGCCGCAGACUGGGCUGGCCUCUUGUCCGUAUGCCAGUCAUCUACCACCCAACCGAUGUGAAGGCUAAGCAGAUCAGCUACGAGAGCUAUUUCCUCGGUGCCGACCUGUAUGUCGCUCCUGUUCUUGACGCCGGUCGCAGAAGUGUGCGCGUCUAUUUCCCUGGUAAGGGCGAGACAUACAAGCAUGUGUGGUCUGGAAAGGAAUACUACGGUGGCCAGACUGCUAUCGUCUCAGCUCCCUAUGGCAAACCCGCCGUCUUCGUGGUCGGCCAACCGAAGCACAACAAUCUGAAAGAGUUCUUCGAAUUUGUCCGCAAGGAGAAUGGAACCACUAUCCGUGUAUAA